AUGCCGCCUUCCAGCAGACGCAGUCUGCGCCACCGCAGAGAUGUGCCCGACCCCCAGCAGCAGUCCGAUGCCGACACCCCCGACUCAAUAGCCACGCCCUCGCGGAAGCGCAGACGGACUGCACAGUUGAAUGGCGCCCAGGAGGUCGCUGCGGCCGCCGAGCCCCCGCGCGCACGUAUAGCCGAGUCUGUCGCGAGCAACGACUCCAACACGACCCUGCCCAACGGGGGCGAUGCAGACAACCCGACCGACCCCGUAGAGCGCCAGAAUCUCGUCAUCGCAUCCCUCCGCACGCCUCGCCACUACACGCCCAACGCCGUCGUCGACUAUGCCAACGAGCUGCAGGCGCGCCGCAAUGAGGGCCAGAACAUCGCCGCCUUUGCUAAGAUCGCUGCGCGCGACUGGUGCUUCUUCGUCCAGGAUACCAGAGUCCUCAUUGGACGCGCAGACGCCGCUGUCCGCCCGCAUCCGCCCAGCUCCCAGCCCGAUGUAGCGGGUCUUCCUAUGAGCGAGGCUGCUAUUUCGCAAUGGGGCGUACAUAUCGACCUUGGCCCGGAGCGACAGAUCUCUCGAGUACACGCCGAAAUCAGCUUCAACCUCCAGGACCAGACAUGGUACAUUGCCGUCAACAGCCGCAACGGUCUCAAGCUGGACGACCGCCACUUGACCAAAGGGCAGAUCGAGCCGCUUCACUCGGGUAUCUGCAUUGGCAUCAUGGGCACGCAAAUGCUUUUCCUGCUGGCCAACCAAGAGGACGAGUUCCACCCCAUGCUAUGGCGCCAGGUUAACAACGAGGACGCUGUGGAAUCUGAUAAUGACGGAAAGCCACCGCCCAAAGCGCACCAGCACGCACAUCCCAGUGGACCGACUCCGAAGCGCGAGCACUAUGACCCGUUCCCGCCUUCGUCACAUCCGCGCAACAAACAGCAAUCUUCACAGGCCUUCUACAAUCAGAUGACUUCUACACCUGGACGGCUUCCUCCUGGCACACCACUAACGUUCCGCGCCGAGCGUGAUCCUCGCAGCAAAGGCUCGCCUGCUGUCUUUUCGCGCGGCCUGCUCUAUGAAAACCAUGACGAUAUUGACUACGGCAAUGAUUCUUCCAAGGACAUCAAGCCACCUCACAGCUAUGCACAACUCAUUGGCCAGGCUAUCCUUAGCAGCGAAGAGGAGAUGCUUACACUGUCCAACAUCUACGACUGGAUCAAGAUCCGAUACGCCUACUUCCGCCAUACGAAUGCUGGAUGGCAAAACUCAAUUCGACACAACUUGUCUCUCAACAAGUCAUUCGAGAAGGUCGCUCGACGAACGGACGAGCCAGGCAAGGGCAUGAAGUGGAAGAUUGCCGAUUCCGAACGCGAUGAGUUCAUUAAGAAGCAAAUGCUCAACCCUAGGAAAGGAGGUGGGAUCGCAAUAGGUAGCCGCCUGGACGGCUCCGGACCCAGCUCGCCAGCCAUUGGUCAUCGCGAUGCUACUGCUCAGGCAACAGAGCGUCUUGUUGGCGCACUUGAUCACGACUAUCGACAGCAGAGCCGUGUCAAAUCUCCACCGCGAUCUGCCACACCACCUUUGUCUUCUGUUCCAAUGGCAACGGAGUCGUACACGCCUGACCGCGGUCCACGUCCCUAUGGAAGCCUGAAGCGUUCGCCAAAUUUUCAAGACAACCACAGCUUCGUCACACCCGCAAAGCGUCACGCAUAUGGCCAUGAUGGGGCACGUGAACCUACCUACAUCAAAACUGACGAUCAACGCCGACAACUUGAGUCUUCACCGGUGGUAGAUCCUGUUAAGCCCAGUGUGUCCGGACUAAAGGGCGAAGCCGCCAACUCACCGCCUGCGCUCUAUUCUGAUCCAAACACAAACAGCCACAAUGAGAACAGUCGGAUGAACCAUGCUUUGGUGACUCCGCUUGUAACACGCCACGCCCCGCGACUUGCGCCUCCCAGUACUGCUCAAGUACCCAGCCAGUACAUGCACUUCUCAAGUCCGGCGCCUUUCUGGAAGUUUGUGGAUCUUCCGAGCACCCCUGCCAAGGGCUACCCGGAGCUCAGUCCUAUCAAGCUUCAGCGUCCGGAUGAGAAGGAUGAGAACGACGACCCUCCACAGCCGAGUUCGCCGCCCAUUCUGAACAAUGAUGAUGUCGAUCCCGAGGAUGAGGACGAAGACGACGAGGCCGGUGACAACAAAGCCGAGGAUGACGAAGAUGCCGGCCCCGAAAGUCCUAGCCGCACUGUAUCCCGUCCUGUCAGCCGCCGUGACAUCGGACCCCAGCGUUCGCGCUCCAACUCGAAUAUCAACAGUUUCGGCCCCACCGGCAAUGGAGGUAUGGUCCGCGGCGCCAGCCUAACGUCUUUCGAAGAAGAAGCCGAGGGCGAGGAGGAGAGCUACGAUUUGUCAAAGUAA